UUCAUUGGAUAUGUUUAUAGCAAGUCAAACAUACUGUUUUUUUUCCAAAAUGUUUGGUCUUUUUUUGUUUAUAGUGCAAAAAAUAAAAAAACACAGAGGUGAUCAAAUACCAAUGAAAGAAAGCUCUAUUUGUGGUAAAUAAUGACAGAAAUUUCAUUUAUGUACAGCAUUGCAUGACCAUGCAAUUGUCAGUUCAAAUAAUGCAACAACGCAGAGACAAAUUGGCCUGGUAAAUAAGGGGGUAUAAGUGCCUGGUAGGCAAGUGGUUAA